UAAAAUUGCAACUUGAUGGAAUGAAUUUUCUUUGAAAAAAAAAAGUCUAGAAGCCUUUAGAUAAUUUUCGAAUGGCUUUUAUAGAAAUAAUUCCAAAUUUUCGCUGCAUCCCAUGAUUUUCUUCUUUUUUGCUUUUUGGCUUUCAAAGCUGUAAUUUGCUUUCCUAUAAGAGCUGCACAUCAUAAGGGUGAGUACGAGGGUUGGUUCAAAAAUUUUGAGAUCUUUUUCAAGUACAGUAAAUCGAACAGAGUCUUGACAAUUACAUUUUUUUUUUACUCGCACAGCCCCAUCUUUUAAAAACAUUUCAGUGAUGUUCAACAUACUCUCCGCCGAUUUCAGUGCCUUUUUUUCAUACAAUAAAUCCGAAGAUCAAAGCAGUGUCAAAAAUCGAGUUCUGUCAGUUGAUCAGGCCCCCUGUGACUUCUGGCUGUUCCCGAGAAUGAAGAACAGCGUCAAAGAGCAGCUUAAUCUAUCAACGGAACUCGGAUUCAUGGCAUUGUUUUGAUCGAUGGAUUUAUCGCGUGAAAAUAUGCCCUGAAAUAUUGCCAAAUCACGGGGCUUGUGAGUACUGUACAAAUUAUUAUUAUUUUUUUAAACUCAGUUGGAUCUACCGGUAUUUCAAAAAAGUCUCAGAACGUAUGAACAAACCCUUGUAACAAAAUGAGCAAGUGCGUGAAAGUUCAGAUGAUGUACGAGAACUGCUCAAAAGAAUUACAGUAUUUUCGGAUUACCGUACCAAGUCUUCUUUGUUGUGUCAAUUGGGAAAAAUCGCGACGUAGGUAAUGAACAAGCGAAUCACGUGAGAUCAAGGUUUUGUUCCGCCCUCUUUUGUGCAUGUGCGCUUCUAUUACUUUUGGUAUAACUUCCCAAAACAAAAUGCCUAAUUUUUCCACAUGCUUUUCUCUUGUUUUAAUCUACCUCAUUUGCGUGGGUUUAUUCGUGAUCGUGAAUGAUUUCUGAAUAGGCUGACCUUCCACUGGUUAUAUAAAUGAAAAUCGGAUCCGUCCGUCUUUAUGCUUCCCGACAUUAACCUUGAAUGCCUCAUGAUUUCGAAACUUGCAGUUAGAUGCGAUUAGAGUGGGUAUCGUUGCGACACGAAAUAUUUGCAUAUUAAAAUGAACGCCACGGAGCGGUCUCAUCGGAAGCAUCAACCCGAAUCAAUUGAAUACACAUUUGUUUCCCCGUCUUCUCUGGAGCAACGAAUCAGGAAUGCUUGGAAAAUUGGGAAAUUGUGCGACGUUUGCAUCGUGUGUGCGGAUGGCGGCGUGAGAGCGCACAAGCUCAUCCUCGCUUUGCACAGUCCGUACUUCGACCGGCUUCUGCAAAUGCAUGGGAAUCUUCGCAUGAAUCGUAAGCAGCAAGCUUUGAUCCGCUUGGCAAGCUACCAGAAGUGUCAUGUUGUAAAUCUCCUCCGGCUUUUAUACGGAGAAGAUGUGAGAAUCGAAUCUGAAUCGGCGGAGCGUUUCGCCGACUUGCUCAAGCUUUGUUCCGUGAGAGGCAUUGAGAAAAAGCGGGUGGAAAUCGACAUGUCCGAGCUGGAAGAAAUGAUAUUUUGUGAAAAUGACGACAUAAAUCCGGCCAUCGAGGAAAGUGAUUCAUCAGACUCGGAAAUCGAAGAAAUACCGCCCUGUCCGAGUCUCGGUGGUAAAGUCGCGCGUGGCAAAGUGGUACAUGAGAAAGCAAAAGUGGCGGCGAAUGCGACUGCAAUUCCACCGGAGCCCAGACCUUCUGUCGGACAGUCUUCAGAGCUAAAAGCGGUGGAACCUACUUCGCAUAAACCAUCAGGAGGCGAACGUGUGAAACCAAGUUCAGCGAAAGAUCGUGCAGGUCUUGAAGCAGCAAGUCGGAAAGCGAAGGAGAAAUCCAGACAGGAUGCCGUGAAGCAGGAUCCCUCGAAGCGCGCUAAAGAUGAACCUGCAGUGCAGAAAGUUGCUUCAAGAAUGGAUAACAGUUCGUCGUCUAGUUCGAGCGACGAUUCGCCGCAGAAUGAAGAUGAUGUAAUUCUAGUGGCAUCAGACACUGAGACGUUGGAUGAAAGUGUUCUGCAGAUUGGCGAAAAUACCCCGAAGAAACAGGAUUCUGAGCUACAACCUCAUCACCUAAUGUAUUCAUUGCCACGAAAACCACAGCCUCGCGUCAAUGCAUCUUCUCGGACUGACGAAAUUCCCCCAGCCAAUUCGAAGAGAAUGGAGAAAGAGCCUGCAAAUAAAGUCAGCAGCGUCGUGCCUCUAGUCGCCGAGAAAUACUUCUGCUCGGAAUGCGAUUUUCUGACGGAUUCCCCCAGACUUGCCGAAGCUCACAUCUGGUAUUCUCACAAGGACGGGAAUGAAGGUCGACGUUAGAUGACUAUGCUUGCUGUCAUCACACCCGGAAGGCAGAGAAUUGUGAUUCUGAAUUGAAGGGGAAAACGUCUGAAUCGCUACGGGUAACUUCGUGAUAUUGGAUGUGGAUUUGUUGCAAGUGUGAUAUAGUUCGGAUUGGAAUGAGGUUUUUCGGUUGGAUGAAGAUCUCAUUUGUUCUUGAUGUUAAUGCACUUUGAAAAAAAAAAAGAAUGUAUCCACGAUGUUUUUUCUCAAUACAGGUGUAUCUAGUGUAAGUGAAUG